AUGACUUCGAGGCCAGAAUCGCGCAUAACUCGGGCCCUAGCAUCCAAGAAGAAGCCCGACAAGGUGCAAGCAGCUGCUCUUCAAAAGACAGGCCAAAAUGCCUACAAAAAUGGUGAUGUUAAAGGCGCAAUCGAGUCAUUCACCAAGGCAUUGGCAGCAGACAAUGAAGAUAUCGGAGUUUUAGACAACCGCGCUGCCGCUUACUGCAAGUUGAAGCUGUAUAGCCCGGCUCGGUCUGAUGCCAGGGCCAUGGUUAAGCUCGCACCUAAGGACGACCGUGGAUAUCUACGCUUGGCUAAGGUCCUAUGCCUGGAUGGGAACUUCGACAAGGCCCAGGUCAUCUACGAAUAUGCCCUCCAAAAACUCCCAGCCAAUCACGCAGGCCGUGAUGUAGUCAUGCAGUCGCUCAAAAAAUUGCAGGACAAGCUGGCUGGAGGCAACCGACGCGACCCAUUUACGGCCCUGCCACUAGAAGUGGCAGAUCUAAUUCUCAGCUACUUAUCCUUCAAGCAGAUCGCGGCAAUCAUGCGUGUCUGCCAAGGGUGGCGUCGAUUCCUAAUCGGCCUAUCCAACCUCUGGAUGCACGUUGACCUCACAGGGGCAAGAUCUCGUGUUCCAUGGACUUCUGUCAGAGACUACAUCCAUCGAUCGCGAGUUCAAGUAACCAAUGCCACCAUAGCAAAUGUUUGCAAUUCCGCUACACCCAAAGUGCUUCAGAUGUUAAGCAGAUGCCCAAAACUCGAGCACCUAGAAUUCCAAGUAUUCUGUGGGCCCAGAGACUUCUACCCGAAGAUCCAAGAAUUUCGUCAUCUGAAGACUCUCGUCUGUGGACCAGACAUCAAGAUUUCUCACGCAUGUGUUGGAAGCAUCUUAUCCACUCUCACAAAGCUCGAAAAGGCUACAUUCUUUCACGUCUGGGAUAGAAUCACUCAGGUUCCGCAACCCACGCCGACAUGGCCCACGUAUCUUCCGAACUUGAAGAGUUUGACUCUCGGAUGUUCACAAGAUUCCCGGAUAAGCUUAACCUCCACACAUACCUUUGGAGAUGUGGUUCCGGGACUAACAUCGUCUGUAUACCCUAAUCUCGAGGAACUACGGCUUCUCUGGAACACAGCACGAUCACGGCAUUACGAAUUCUGUCCCAUGCGUGGGGAUGGCGAAGAACUGCCAAUCCUGCCACCCCUGCGCACCCUCGACCUCCGAGGUGCAGUCAUCGAACCCCGCUUCUACUCACUGCUCCCAGCCACCCUCGAAAGCCUCCGUGUGGAAUCGAGCGGGGUGACAGACGACAGCUUGCAUAUGUACGAUAACAAACUCCGAAACCUGAAGACCUUGAUAUUCAACGAAUGCCUCUGGAUCAACAACGACAGCCUUAUAAUAUUCGCAUCGCGCUCCGAAGCCCCCCUCGAAACCCUACAUAUCAACUUCUGCCACAAGGCAGAUUAUGCCGGCCUUUCCCGUUUGCUCCUUACCCCAGGCGCGAUGGAAAGGUCGAGGGGGCUAACUGAGCUUUGUGUUGCAUGUAUGGAUGGCUUGGACGAUUACGCCAUGAAAGAGGUGUCGGAGAGGCUCCCAAAUUUGAGUGUACUUGACCUGUCGCAGACGAAAAUCACUGGUUGUACCAUUCGUCUGUUUGCGGAUGCCCGGAAGGAUGGGACUAAAGUUGCACAGCUUGACGUAUUGAUUAUCAGGGGGUGUGACGCUGUUUCUCGCGAUGCCAUUGAUUAUGGACGGCAGAUGGGGAUUAAGAUUAUCACUUAG